GAGAGAGAGAGAGAGAGAGAGAGAGAGAGAGAGAGAGAGAGAGAGAGAGAGAGAGAGAGAGGAUGUCGGACGUCGUGGUGGUGGUCCGCGAAAGGGUGGACAGCAAAGAGGUUCUUGUCCAGGAGACGAGGUACGAGAGGGGCAAGGAACUCGAUCGAGACAUGGAGUGGGGCCCCGCUGUGGAACUGCAGGAGAGUCGUACUUCCUACGCGCUUGUCAAUGGUCUCGUCGUCAUGCUGAUCGUAGGUGGACUGGGGUAUGAUGACGACAACAACCUCAUCGAGGUUGUCCUGUUCGUCUACAAGCUGUCCGCCAUCGUCCCUGACACGUGCUUCUAUGAUUAUGAUGACGACGCUGACGAUGGUGAUGAUGGUGAUGAUGGUGAUGAUGGUGAUGAUGGUCACAACGGUGUCAAUGUUUUUUACGAUGAAAUGUGUAAAGACGACGGUGAUGACCGUGAUGAUGGUGAUGAUGGUGAUUAUGGUCACAAUGGUGUCGAUGUUUUCUACUAUGAAUUGUGUAAAGACGAUGAUGAUGAUGAUGAUGAUGAUGAUGAUGAUGAUGAUGAUGGUGAUGAUAAUGGUGAUGAUGAUGGUGGUGAUGAUGAUGAUGAUUAUGAUGAUUAAGACGGUUGUGAUGCUGAUGACAGUGAUGAGAACAAUGACAAUGAUGACAUUAACGA